ACAUUAAAGACUCAUGACGCUUGUCCAAGACUUCUCUAGUCAAAGAACCAAUUAACGCUAUUAACGCUACUGCGGCGGGUACCCCAUUUUCUGGUUCCCUUUGACGGGGAAGCUGCACACUUACCUGGCAGAGGAGCUGCAUAUAGUGUGCUGCGUCUUGUAUGCGGUAUCGUUUCACUCCGUCAACCCAGUCAAAUCUUGACUUCGACCUGCGUGUCAUCCUUCCUACUACUCAAGCUUUAAGCUGCAACGCCGACGCGUCAAUUUCCGAUUGUUCCUGACAAUUCCUCGGCAAGAAUUGGUCUGCCCCAAGUCCCAUCUUGCCUUGGUACCCUAAUUAUUAUUUAUCUCUUUCCUCCGUCCGUUUAAACAAAGAUGUCCUCGCCGUCGAAUUCCUCUCAUGCCGGCAAGCGCAAACGUCCGGCAGCUUCGAGCACCUCCAAAAUGGACGAGAACCCUCUGCUUCAGCCGUCCUCCCGAGAUGCAUCCGGCGAAGAAGGAGACACCACCGCACCGGAAUCUGGAAGGCUUACUCACCGCAAGUCGGAAUCCGCCGGUAACUCGAAUCCAGCCAAACGCCAACGAGCCAAUUCCGACCGUGCCUCCGCCAUAGAAACCACCGACUACACGGCAGAUCCUGGCGAACCCAGCGACACUACCGAGGCUAGCAUUGACAUCGCAGACCGGAUCGCUAGAAAGAGCAGGAAGUCUAGCUCCAAGGAUAUGCCAGCACACGAUGAUGAGGAGAAGAAAAAGCAAGUUGCUAUGCCACCGCCCCCCACCGGCCGCUUGGUACACCCUGUCGGAUAUAGAACAAACCCUCCGCCCAUCGGCCGCACUAUAAGAGUGUAUGCCGACGGUGUCUUCGACUUGUUUCACCUUGGUCACAUGCGCCAACUCGAACAGGCCAAGAAAGCCUUUGACGAUGUCUACUUGAUCGUUGGCGUUACGGGCGAUGAGGAGACGCACAAACGCAAGGGCCUCACCGUCCUCUCGGGCAGUGAACGUGCCGAAACGCUUAGACAUUGCAAGUGGGUUGAUGAGGUUGUUGAAAAUUGCCCCUGGAUUGUGACGCCCGAGUUUCUUGAAAAACAUCGCAUUGACUACGUUGCCCAUGAUGAUAUUCCUUACGGCGCUGAUGAAGGUGACGACAUCUAUGCUCCUAUCAAAAAGGCUGGCAAAUUCUUGGUAACCCAACGAACUGAGGGUGUCAGCACGACGGGCAUCAUUACGAAGAUUGUUCGUGACUACGAGAAGUACAUCGCGCGUCAGCUAAAACGAGGAACAACGCGUCAGGAGCUUAACGUCAGUUGGAUCAAGAAGAACGAGCUCGAUAUCAAGCGACACGUUCAGGAUCUGCGUGAUAACAUCAAGGCAAAUUGGACUACGACUGGACAGGAACUUAGCCGCGAACUUAAACAAUAUUGGCCUGCGAGCAGACCUCAGAGUCCAUCGCCAGCAAACCGAUUUUCCAUGCCCGCUACUCCGAGCGCGAACGGCGAUGCUAGCCUACGAGAAGCCGCCACUGUGGCUGCUGCUGCUAGGUCUCCUACUACGCCGGGGGCAGAGCGAGCUGGAGCUCCUAAUGAUUUCAUCACUGGGUAUACUAUCGGCUUGAUCGGUGGCGUAAGAUCAUGGAUGACUAAGAACCGACGUAACCUCCGAGACAGCCGGCCGCCCAGUGAUGACGAUUCAGAGAGUGAUGACAAGAACGACAAGAACAACGACCGUGGGCGGCCAGUUGCGUCAGCUAGUUAGUUACAAAGACCGCUAGCCAGCCUACAGGUCAGCGCGAAAGGCGUUAGAUCUUAUGACGGGGAUAGUCAGUUCGGCUCAGAGGACGAAGGCGAUGUCGAGAAUAAUCGAGAUGUUGAUGAUUAGGGAUUGGGGUAUAAAGAAAAUUCAUUAAGUAGGAACGAAUGGCGUUGAUGGCUUUUGCAUCAUCCUAACACUACACAAAAUUGAGCCUAGUUGCCGGGUCUAGGAAGUCGGAGGUCAUGAAUUAAAGGGGGGGUGUAGACGGAAAAAACGGACGACUCCACUGCUUAU